CAGCCGGUGCACGUCGGGGAGGUCGCUCGUCGCACCGCCAAGGAUCCACUCCUCUGUCGCGUCCUAGACUGGCUCUCAGCACACAAAGGUUGUGUGAUGUGGGGGGGCCGGGUGGUGAUUCCCUCCCCACUCUGGGACAGGGUGCUGGCCGCCUUGCACGAGGCCCACCCUGGCGUGGUACAGAUGAAAGCCUUGGCCCGGAGUUACGUGUGGAGGCCGGGCCUAGACCGAGACAUUGAGGGGCAAGUAAAGCAAUGCCAGCCCUGCCAGGCCUCACAGCCGGACCUGCCCCGAGUUCCCGCAAGGGCUUGGGAGUCAUCUCACAAACCCUGGUCCCGGCUGCAUUUGGACUUCGUGGGGCCAUUCCAGGGGCAGAUCUUUUUCAUACUGGUCGACGCCUACAGCAAGUGGCUGGAGGUGGUGCCAGUGCCGACAAUUUCAUCUCAGACGGCUAUCCGAGCAAUGUGGCGCAUCUUCAGCGCCCAGGGCCUCCCGGACACUUUGGUUACGGACAACGGGACGGCCUUCACCUCAAGUGAAUUUCAAGAAUUCACCAGGUACAACGGGAUCCGCCACGUCUGAUCCGCGCCCUUCCAUCCGGCAACAAACGGGCAAGCAGAGCGCAUGGUGCGCACCACCAAGGAGGCGCUCCGCCGAUUCGAGAGCCACGACUGGGAGUAUAAAUUGGCAGUCUUUCUUUUCGGCCAGAGGAACACGCCACACAUGGAGACGGGCCACGGUCCUGCUGAGCUUCUGCUGGGUCGCCGCCCCACCUCCCGGCUCGAUCGGCUGCACCCGGACCGAGCACCCGAGGAGGAACCCGCCACCGAAACAGCAGAGGCAGCCCGAGGAUUCUUCCCUGAAGAUUUGGUGUACGCGAGGAACUAUGCCAAAGGUCCGCCCUGGAUACCCGCACGAGUGGUCCGUGUACGAGGGCCUCGGACAUACGAGGUCUCCUGCAAGGACGGGCAGCUGCUUCACCGCCACAUAGAUCAGCUGCGGCGGAGGGUUCUCCCCAACGACCCCGAGGAUCUGGAUUUUCCAGAAUCGGCCGAAUCGCCCAGCCCUGUUCCCGAGCCGCCGAUCCCGGCACCCCUGCUAGGCCCCCCGCCACCCGGCUCCAGGACAGCACGCCACCUCCGUCACCGGCCGGCCUGGUACCGAGCUCCCUGCCAAGACCUCAGGCAAACCCUGCGACCCCGACUCCCAAGCUCCGACGUUCCACACGAAACCGGACAGCCCCGGCUUAUCUCCAAGACUGUGUGUGGGUAG